UGCUAAUUUCGAUACGUAUUGGUUCAGCAUCAGUUGGGAGCAGCACUAAUAUACUUGUUCCACAUGGAAGGCAUAAACAAAGAAAACUUAGCCAAUGGACUCGAAGCAACAGGCAAGGAUGAGGUGAAGUCACCAUUUCUAAUAGGCGUGGCCGGUGGCACUGCCAGUGGCAAGUCAACAGUAUGCAAGAAAAUCAUGGAGCAGUUGGGACAGGCUGAAAUGGAUCACACGCAACGUCAGGUGGUGUCCAUAAGUCAGGACAGCUUCUAUCGCGAACUGACGCCAUCAGAAAAGUUGAAAGCACAGAAGGGUCUAUUCAAUUUUGAUCAUCCAGAUGCAUUCGCUUGGGAUUUUAUGGAAAAAACUUUAGAGCAAAUACUAAAAGGUCAAAAGGUAGAAAUACCUAGCUACGAUUAUCGCACCAAUUCGCUUGACUUUGAGAAUAUGCUGGUUAUAUAUCCAGCGGAUGUGGUGCUCUUUGAGGGCAUUUUGGUAUUUUACUUUCCUAAAAUACGCGACAUGUUUCAUAUGAAACUAUUUGUGGAUACGGAUUCGGAUACACGCCUAGCGCGUCGUGUCCCCAGGGAUAUAAAUGAGCGCGGCAGAGAUUUGGAUGCUGUGCUCACGCAGUACAUGACAUUUGUUAAGCCAGCCUUUGAGGAAUUUUGCUCACCAACCAAAAAGUUUGCCGAUGUUAUUAUUCCACGUGGUGCUGAUAAUACAGUUGCCAUUGAUCUCAUUGUACACCAUAUCGGAGAAAUACUAGCGGCCACCAACAUCGCACAGCAGCACAACAACACAGUCAGAGCUGCGGCCUCCAGCAUGAAGCGCGAUCACUAAAGCUAACUAUUCUAUGAUAUAAACAAAGGGCAAACAAUUAUACACACAAAUUUGUUACGUGUUGCUAACCCCCGCAAAAUUGUUUGAUGAAGUGCGCGCCCAUAGUUAAGCUUGUAUGUACUAAAAAUAAUUGCAAAACUAAUAAGUUACUAGUUAGCCGACAAAAACCAGACUAAAUGCAGCUGUAAUCAUGUCACAAAUUAACCAAUUAAUUUAUAACUAAGCUGGCAAAGUUUAUUAUAAGGUUGUUUAUUGUUUAUACAUAUGUAUAUUGUUGUUCCCUUUUGCUGAACACCAUUUUAAGUUUAACAUGGGCUUUAACAUAAAUACUAUUAAUAACUAUCUCACAUUUAAGCCUCACAAUAGCUAACAAUAGAUAAAUUAAGUUUAAACAAAAGUAUAAGAAAAAAAACAGCAACCGUUGUUGUUAUAAUUAUAUAUAACAC